GACGUCAAUGGAAGAUCACUACCCAGAUCCAGCCCACGCUCAGCUUCCUCGAGCCCAAAGUCACAAUGGCCUCUGUUUUGUCUCUCGUGGUCUCAGGCCUGCUUGCAGCCUCUACUGUCAAUGCCCAGAACUAUGAUUCUAAUGGCCGAGAGGGGAACGCUUUUAGCUAUGUCCAGCCUCUGAACACUACCAUCCUCGGACCCUAUGGACACUCUCCCGCUGUCCUGCCCUCCCCCAAUACCACCGGCCUUGGCUGGGAGGCUGCCUAUGAGAAGGCGAAGCAGUUUGUCGCCCUGCUAACAGUUGACGAAAAGGCCGACAUGGUCACCGGAACGGCAGGCCCUUGCGUCGGCAACAUUGUUGCCAUCCCUCGCCUUGGCUUUAGUGGUCUCUGUCUCCACGAUGGACCUCUAUCCAUUCGCGUGGCAGACUACGCCAGCGUCUUCUCAGCGGGUGUCUCCGCCGCCUCUACUUGGGACAGGGCCAUCCUGUAUGAGCGAGGAUAUUCCCUGGGCUUGGAGUUCAAGGGCAAGGGUGCUCACGUUGCCCUCUCUCCAGUUGCUGGCCCCCUUGGCCGCUCCGCCUACUCGGGCCGAAACUGGGAGGGCUUCGCCGCCGACCCUUACCUGACUGGUGUUGCCAUGGAGCAAACCAUCCGUGGUCACCAGGAUGCCGGUGUUCAGGCUACUGCUAAGCACUUCAUCGGCAAUGAGCAGGAGACUCAGCGUAACCCCACCUACGACUCGAACGGCACUGUCACCGACGUGAUCCAGGAGGCCGUCUCCGCCAACAUCGAUGACCGAACCAUGCACGAGCUGUACCUUUGGCCCUUUGCCAACGCCGUCAAGGCCAACUGCGCCAGCUUCAUGUGCUCGUACCAGAGACUCAACGGAUCAUAUGCCUGCGAGAACUCCAAGGCCCUUAACGGCCUGUUGAAGGAGGAGCUCGGCUUCCAGGGCUAUGUCAUGUCCGACUGGGGUGGCACUCACUCCGGCGUCGCCUCCAUUGAGGGAGGCUUGGACAUGAACAUGCCCGGUGGCAUUGGUGCGUACGGAAUGGACUGGGCGGCUGGCUCGUUCUUUGGAAAGAAUGUCACCCUUGCUGUCAACAACGGCACUCUCGACGAGACCCGUGUCGACGACAUGAUUGUCCGCAUCAUGACCCCCUACUACUGGCUCGGCCAGGACGUGAACUUCCCCACUGUCGACCCAUCUUCCGCCGACCUGAACACCUUCUCUCCCCGAUCUAAAUGGCUGCGAGAGUUCAACCUGACUGGCGAGCGAAGCCGUGACGUCCGCGCAGACCAUGGAGAGCAGAUCCGCCGACACGGCGCCCAGGCAACCAUUCUUCUCAAGAACGAGAACAAUGCCCUUCCUCUGAAGGCUCCCAAGUCCAUUGCCGUCUUCGGAAACGAUGCUGGCGACGACACCGAGGGUUUCUAUAACCAAAAUGACUUCGAGUACGGCACCCUCACUGCUGGUGGUGGUUCUGGCACUGGUCGCCUGACUUAUCUCGUCUCUCCCCUCACUGCCAUCAAUGCCCGUGCUAAGCAGGACGGUUCCCUCGUCCAGCAGUGGCUGAACAACACUCUCAUUGCCGAGUCUGAUGUCACCACCCUCUGGGUUCCCACUCCUCCCGAGGUCUGCCUUGUCUUCCUCAAGACCUGGGCCGAGGAGGGUGCUGACCGCGAGCACCUGAAUGUUGACUGGGUUGGUGACGAUGUCGUCGAGUCUGUUGCCUCCGUCUGCAAUAACACCAUUGUUGUUACCCACUCCUCCGGUAUCAACACUCUCCCCUGGGCCGACCACGUUAACGUUACCGCCAUUGUUGCUGCCCACUACCCCGGACAGGAGAGCGGUAACUCCAUCGUCGACGUUCUGUACGGCGAUGUUAACCCCUCUGGAAAGCUCCCCUACACCAUCGCCUACAACGGCAGCGACUACAACGCCCCUCCUACCACCGCCGUCAACACUACUGGCGUUUACGACUGGCAGUCGUGGUUCGACGAGAAGCUUGAGAUUGACUACCGUUACUUCGAUGCCAACGACAUUGACGUGCGGUACGAGUUCGGCUUCGGUCUCUCCUACUCCACCUUCAAGAUCGCCGACAUCGCGGCCGAGCCCCUUGUCGAGAGCAUCACCGCUGUGCCCGAGCAGCUGAGCAUCGUGCCCGGUGGAAACCCCGCCCUCUGGGAGAGCGUGUACAACGUCUCCAUCUCCUUGACCAACACCGGAAAGGUCUACGGUGCCACCGUUCCCCAGCUCUACGUCACCUUCCCCGAUAGCACCCCCGCGGGCACUCCCCCCAAGCAACUCCGAGGCUUCGAGAAGGUUUGGCUGCAGGCCGGCGAGAGCCAGACUGUUGGAUUUGAGUUGAUGAGACGUGAUAUCAGCUACUGGGACAUCAUCUCCCAGGAUUGGGUCAUCCCCACUGGCGAGUUUGUAAUCAGUGUUGGCUUCAGCAGCCGAGAUCUGAAGGAGGUUAUCAAGAUUACUCCUGUGGAGGCUUGAGGAUAAUUAUUGACGAUGAUAAUGAUGG